UCGAAUCAUAAUGGCGGCUCGACAAACAUCCAGUCCCGUCAGUGUAUUCGGCCAAUAUUUGACUCAGUGCUACUCGCGCCGCGCCAGUGAGAGGUCGCCGUGGACGAGCGUCGUGUGUUUGAAAUUGUUUAGUUUCGUGUUCGACCGGGCAGUGAUAAACAGAAGUGACGAAUUCCGGUAUACAUAAGUGUGUGGUUAUGCGGCGGCGAGUGAUAUGACAGCUUUCGCCACCAGACGGAUUCCGGCCGUCUUCAUGAGGAUACUGGUGACAAGUCUGGCCCCGAGAUCAUGGUGGCUCCCGAUUCCGAGGCAGCUUCGAAUCCUCGGAUAACGUCUAGUCACGAAAUUCCAUCCGUCACGGAGGCUCGCCAUAACGGCGAUUUGUACAUACGCACCAGUUGGGUGGAUGCGGCUCUAGCUCUCUCCGAACUCGAAAAGGGUAACAUCGAGGGCGGGCGGACGUCGCUCUGGAUCCGCGCGUGGCUCCAGGAGCAGCUGUUCGUAUUGGGCUGUUUCCUACAGGGAGACGCCGGCAAAGUCCUCUUCGUAGCCAUCUUAGUUCUAUCCACGUUCUGCGUCGGUCUCAAAUCCGCACAAAUACACACGAGAGUCGACCAACUUUGGGUCCAAGAGGGUGGUAGACUAGAAGCAGAACUAAAAUACACUGCCCAAGCCCUAGGCGAGGCGGAUUCCGCAACUCAUCAGCUCAUUAUACAAACUGCCAAAGAUCCAGACGUGUCAUUGUUACACCCAACAGCUUUACUAGAGCACCUCAAGGUAGUACACGCUGCCACUCGGGUGACGGUUCAUAUGUACGAGAUCGAGUGGCGGCUGAAGGAUCUCUGCUACAGCCCUAGCGUCCCCGAUCUAGAAGGCUAUCACCAUAUCGAGUCCAUUAUCGAUAAUGUGAUACCCUGCGCCAUCAUCACGCCACUCGAUUGCUUCUGGGAAGGCUCUAAAUUGCUUGGCCCUGAUUACCCUAUUUUUGUACCUCAUCUGCAACACAAGCUACAAUGGACGAAUUUAAAUCCGCUAGAAGUGAUAGAAGAAGCGAAGAAAUUGAAGUUUCAGUUCCCAUUGGGUACCAUGGAGGCAUACAUGAAGCGAGCUGGUAUCACCUCCGCUUACAUGAAGAAGCCGUGCCUCGACCCCACCGACCCCCACUGUCCCGCCACGGCGCCCAACAAGAAGUCUGCUCAUGUCCCCGAUGUGGCGGCGGAGCUGUCUCACGGGUGCUACGGUUUCGCGGCGGCAUACAUGCACUGGCCCGAGCAGUUGAUCGUCGGAGGUGCAACCAGAAAUACAACGUCAGCCCUGCGCAGCGCGCGCGCCUUGCAAACGGUUGUACAGCUGAUGGGCGAGAGAGAGAUGUACGAAUACUGGGCCGACCAUUAUAAAGUACACCAAAUAGGAUGGAAUCAAGAGAAGGCGGCCACGGUUCUGGACGCCUGGCAGAGAAAGUUCGCUGCGGAAGUACGAAAACAGACGACAUCAGGCUCAGUAUCACAAGCCUACAGUUUCUACCCAUUCUCAACGUCUACUCUUAACGAUAUUUUGGGAAAGUUCUCUGAAGUAUCGCUCAAGAACAUAAUCCUCGGUUACAUGUUAAUGUUAAUUUAUGUUGCUAUCACCUUAAUCCAAUGGAAGGACCCCAUUCGUUCACAAGCUGGGGUCGGUAUAGCCGGAGUUCUCCUACUCUCAAUCACUAUUGCAGCUGGAUUAGGAUUUUGUGCUUUAUUAGGUAUACCAUUUAAUGCAUCAAGUACGCAAAUAGUACCAUUUCUUGCCCUUGGAUUGGGAGUACAAGAUAUGUUCCUAUUAACGCACACGUACGUGGAGCAAUCGGGGGAUGUCCCAAGAGAAGAAAGAACGGGCUUGGUACUGAAGAAAAGUGGAUUGAGUGUUCUUUUGGCGUCGUUAUGCAAUGUCAUGGCUUUCCUCUCAGCAGCUCUGUUACCUAUUCCAGCAUUUCGUGUUUUCUGUCUUCAGGCUGCCAUUUUGUUACUGUUCAACCUUGGCUCUAUGUUGUUGGUGUUUCCGGCUAUGAUAUCACUGGACCUUCGACGUAGAUCUGCCGCAAGAGCUGAUCUAUUAUGUUGCUUGAUGCCCGAAAGCCCACUCCCAAAAAAGAGAUUCCCUGAGCGAUCGCGGGCUAGAUCAGGAAAGAAUGACAAGAAUCGAGUUGAUACGACACGACAACCUCUUGACCCCGAUGUGAAUGCUGGAGAGCCGAAACCUUGUUGCUUGAGUCUGUCAAUUACAAAAUGGGCUAAUGAUCAUUAUGCACCAUUUAUAAUGAAACCGGCAGUAAAAGUUAUGUCCAUGUUGGCACUGAUCGCAGUUAUCUUAGCUAGCUUAUGGGGUGCAACCAAAGUCAAGGAUGGACUAGAUCUAACAGAUAUUGUACCGGAGAAUACUGAUGAACACGAAUUUCUGUCACGCCAAGAAAAGUAUUUUGGAUUCUACAAUAUGUACGCAGUGACUCAGGGUGAUUUCGAAUAUCCGACGAAUCAGAAACUUCUUUACGAGUACCACGACCAGUUUGUCAGAAUACCGAAUAUAAUAAAGAACGAUAACGGUGGAUUGACGAAAUUUUGGCUCAGCCUUUUCCGUGAUUGGUUGCUAGAUUUACAAGCAGCGUUCGACAGGGAAGUCGCCAGUGGGUGCAUAACACAAGAGUACUGGUGUAAAAACGCAAGUGACGAGGGAAUACUCGCAUAUAAGCUUAUGGUCCAAACUGGUCACGUGGAUAACCCAAUUGAUAAAUCGCUGAUCAACGCCGGCCACAGAUUGGUCGAUUCUGAUGGAAUAAUAAAUCCCAAAGCCUUCUACAAUUAUUUAUCCGCUUGGGCUACUAACGAUGCGUUAGCGUACGGAGCGUCACAGGGCAACUUGAAGCCGCAGCCUCAGAGAUGGAUUCAUUCGCCAGAGGACGUGCACCUGGAAAUUAAAAAAUCGUCGCCGCUAAUUUAUACACAGCUUCCGUUUUAUUUAUCGGGCUUGAGCGAUACGGAUAGCAUAAAGACUCUAAUAAUGUCAGUACGAGAGCUGUGUCUAAAGUAUGAAGCUAAAGGUCUACCGAAUUUCCCGUCUGGAAUCCCGUUCCUCUUUUGGGAGCAGUAUUUGUACUUGAGAACAUCAUUGUUGAUGGCGCUUGGGUGUGCUCUUGCUGCAAUAUUCAUUGCCGUAAUGGUGGUAUUGCUAAACGCUUGGGCGGCACUUCUGGUGACGUUGGCAUUGGCAACACUGGUGCUGCAGCUGUUGGGUGCGAUGGCUCUUUUCGGCAUAAAGCUCUCGGCGAUGCCUGCUGUACUACUAGUAUUGGCAGUCGGACGGGGCGUACAUUUCACUUUGCAUCUUUGUUUGGCGUUCGUGACCGCGGUUGGAUGCGCACGACGACGCGCGUGCGUUGCUCUGCGUGCUGUCGCAGCUCCGGUGCUACAAGGAGCCAUAGCCGGUGCCCUCGCCGCCGCCAUGUUGGCUGCUAGCGACUUCGGUUUCGUGGCGAGACUGUUCCGGGAACUCUUACUGGCGCUGGUAGUGAUGGGUCUCAUCGACGGUCUACUCUUCUUCCCCAUACUCCUCUCCAUAUUAGGCCCAGCUGCUGAGGUUCGACCUUUGGAACAUCCGGAUCGACUCUCGACUCCCUCGCCGAAGAGUUCACCGAAACAUCAGCGCAAAUCGAGCUCCAGUUCUGGUGGCAACGAUAAGUCGAGCAGAACAAGCAAAUCUGCACCAAGACCGUGCGCUCCCUCCCUCACAACUAUAACAGAGGAGCCUUCUAGCUGGCAUAGCUCGGCCCAUUCGGUGCAGUCGUCCAUGCAGUCCAUUGUGGUCCAACCGGAGGUGGUGGUGGAGACGACUACGUACAAUGGAAGCGAUUCAGCAUCGGGACGAUCUACACCCACCUCCAAGACUACGCACUCCGGCCCUAUAACUACUACAAAGGUUACUGCCACGGCAAACAUAAAAGUGGAAGUAGUGACACCGAGCGACCGUAAGUCCCGACGCUCCUACCACUACUACGACCGACGGAGAGACCGCGACGACGACCGAGACCGAGACCGGGACCGCGACCGAGAUCGGGACCGGGAUCGAGACCGGGACCGUGAGCGAGACAGAGAUAGAUCGCGGGAACGAGAUAGAAGAGACCGGUAUCGAGACGAGAGGGAACAUCGCGCGUCGCCGAGAGAAAAUGGCCGUGACUCCGGACAUGAAAGUGAUUCUUCGCGACAUUAGAACAAUGGUAGCUAAGUGUUUUAUCUGUAUCUUCCAAUGAAUCAAAGCAAAGUGAAUAUUUCACACCUCAAAUAAUAGAAAUUCGCACUCAACUUACGGCAGUAUUAAGGAAAUGUAAUUUUAAUUAUAUUUGUUGUAAUAGUGGAGGCUAUUAGACGCACCGCAUUUUUAUUUGCAACUUUAGUGUAAAUCUGUUUUAAUCCACAACAAAAAAAUAAUCAAUUUUAAUAAAUUUAGAGACUUCGAGACCGCAAUCAAUGCCUUGAUUUUAUUUUAUAACUUUGUGACUUUGUAGAGUUUUAAAUUUUUUUUAUGAACAAGAAAGUCAGUUGGUGGGCUUUAAUCUUGUGUCCCUCAAAUUACAAAAGUGUUCCUACUAUAAAGACAUUUUCUUUACCAUUAAAUAAUUAAUAUAUUAUAUUGCGAUACGUCUUAAGACUGCGGACGAUUUAUUUAUUUAUUUGUGACUUUUCACCACUGAGAACGCAUACUCAGGUUUAUUGUACAAAUUACUAGUUAGGUUGUAUAUUCUAUAAGGCAUUUAUUUAUGAGAUUACCUAGAUUAUAUUAUAUAUGUGUUGUGAUCACGAUGCGCGAUCACGUUUCGAACAAGACUGCUUUAGUGAACGAUAUCGAAUCUGCUUAAUAAAGCGACACAUACUAGAGAAAUGUUAGGUAUAUUAUAUAAAUGAUCUGUUAAAAUAUUUUAAGCACUUAGUAGGGUAUUUUAAUGUUUGACAAUGUAAAAAAAUAACUGAAAGACUUUUUGUGGUAGCUCUUUUAUAGUUUUUAAAGUUUACCUAUAUGAAUCUCCAUCAUUAUGAAAGUAUGUGUUGCUUAAAAAACUCAGCUAGGAAGUAAAUUGACCUCGAAAAGUGUUAUCCUCAGUAGAAUCCUUAGUAUGUGACAUGUGCAGAGUACUUAUUAGUUUAUAAUAAUUUAUAAUUGUGUAACUUAUCAGUAAAAUAUAGUUAUGCUGUAAAUAUAGAGGUAGUCCACUUUUACGUAGCCAACGCACAAACUUGUAACGCACACAUUUGGUUGUUUAAUAUGUAGAAGUGCGUUGCGUGAUGAUGAUUAAUUUUGACAUAUUGUCGAUAAACUGUAGCUGUAGUUCGCACUUUGUAUCGUAAAUAGU